AUCCGAAGUCAAACGCGCUAAUCCACUGCGCUAUGCGGUCAUUCUUGUUUAGUACAUCAUGAAUAUUUAUCUAAACCCAAUCAAUUCUUGAUUCUUUCUGGUCGCUUGAAGCGAGAGAAAGAGAGAAGCGCUGUUGUACCAGCCAACACCAACACAAGGUUUCUAUGUUUCUCUCUCUGCAAAAUCGCCAUUGCUUGCUUUGAGGAAGGAACAAUCGAUCUGGUACGAUCGGGGGCAUCUCUCUAGCUGUGCCGAUUCAGCGGAUCCGGUUUGAUCUUCUUCUUCUUCUUCUUCUUCUUCUUUACAAUAACCAUCAUCCCGAUUCCCGAUUCCCGAAUCUAGAAUUCUUUUCCUUCCGUCAUCUUAGUUAGAGAGCCAUGUUCUAUGGCACAGCUGUAUGGGAUCCUUGGCUUAUUGUUGGACAGAUUAUAUGCCUGCAGUGCUCUUACUACCUCACCCUAGGACUCUUCACUAUGGUCUUUCUUGGCCUUCGUGUUCCUCGCCUUAGUCUUGUCUACUUCUUCGAUUAUGCCACACUCACUACUUCUACCUUCACUGGCUGGUGUGUUAUUGCCUCACUCCUCUUCUCUUCACUCGCUGGUGCUGUUUACAUGAUAUUUUUGGUGGAACGAGCACGCAAAUGCUUAGAUUUCUCUGCAACUCUCUACAUCGUACAUCUCUUCUUUUGCAUCAUGUAUGGAGGAUGGCCUUCCUCUAUGGCAUGGUGGGUCGUCAAUGGUACGGGUCUCGCUGUUAUGGCUUUGCUAGCUGAGUACCUGUGCAUCAAACGCGAACAACGAGAGAUUCCUAUGGAUCGAUUCAACUCAAGGGUUUGAAUUUGGUGGUGUGAAACAAGUGAUGAAGGUUCUUGUGUUGUGAGUUGUCAGGGCGACUCGUAGAGCCUACUACUCUUUUAACAAUUGGGAUGUACAGAGAAUUCGAAUGGGCAUAAACAAGUUGAGCGCCAGCCAAAGUAACCAUGUUGGACGGCGUGUGAAAAGGAGUUGCAGUUUGAAGUGACUUCAAAAAUUUAAGACAUUUCAAUUUGUAUGAAAAGAAACCAGUAGACUCGAAAUAGGUUUAUGAUUGCUUCCUGCGGUUAGUGCUUUUAAUGUUACGUGACACAUCCCAGCCCUUAUUUUGAUGAUAGCUUUGUGAUUAGUGUUUCAUACAUAAUAAAUACUCAACAAGUCCAA